AUGAGAAAAAAAUAAGAUUGACGUUUUCACAGCCGACGAUGAAUCGAAUAACUCGUGUUAACUUUCUCGCGAUCUUGGCGUCGUCGCUGACGAAAUUGACAUUGAUCCAGUCUCGUGGAUCCCUGAGAAAGAAGGGCGGAAAAGAAGAGGAGAGAAGAAGAAGAGAUCGGUUGACAUUGAUCGUUUGCGGUGGUAGUCGGAUGGUCGUAUUGCGCCAUCGUCAUGAUGAGACGAAGAUACUUACAUACAACAUACUUACUUACUUACAUAUCGUCUACGUAGAAACCUUUUCGCGUCUCAUACGAAACAAGAGAGUCGAGGAUGAGUGAGUGCGCAGGUGAGACGACGCCGACCGGGUGAUUUAAAAGCUGUCACAUGCAACAUCUGCCAAUGCAAACGCACCACUCAAGGCUGUCGAUCCCCACUUACAGCCAUGCUUCAUUAGUUAUAAUUUAGUAUAAAACGGCAAAACUUCGACGACACCUUUAAUACCUUUUCACACCUGGCAUAAGUACGUAAACACUGCGUCACAGUCCGUGCCCUACGCGAAACGCACCGAAUCCACGCGUACCGAACAUAUAUCGCGUAAAUUUACUAUAUACGUUCGAUCUAGAUCUUAAUCAGAAAUAAUUAUGAAUUGUCACGCGAUAAUACCACGUAAAAUCAUGCUCCUGCUUUUUCUACACUCUUGUGUUUACGCCCUCCCACGCGUGGUGUUGCAGAAAGAUAGAAGCACUUUGUCUACUACAGCGAACGUUCAGAUGCACGUCGAUGGAAGGAACACCGGCUUUAGUGGUCUAUCGAUAAUAGACGAUAUGUCUUACAUAGACUACGAUCCAUCGAAUAAAAUCCCGUCGAAAAGGCCAAACGUCUGCAACGACUGUGUUUGCGGGAUCGGUAGAAAGACAAGAAUCGUAGGUGGAAACAAAACCAGUGUUUUUGAAUAUCCUUGGUUGGUUAGUAUGAGCAAACAGGGUAUAUUCUAUUGCGCUGGAAGUUUGAUAACACGAAGACACAUACUUACAGCUGCCCAUUGCUUGGAAGGAUUCGAGACGAAGAGUAUCAAACUAGUGAUAGCUGAUAGUGAUCGAACGAAACUCGCUUCUACUGCCAUAGUUCGUCGUAUAAAAUCUGUAACUAUUCACGAAGAAUUUCAUACUUAUAAUUUUAACAAUGACAUUGCUAUUAUAGAAAUGGAUCGACCAGUUUCGUUAGAUAGUAUCGUUCGAACGGCUUGUUUGCCUGAGGACAAAGCCAUAGAUUAUACUGGUGCCAUGGCUACUGUGGUUGGUUGGGGACGUACUGGUGAAAAUAAACCGGUCAGCGACGAAUUACGUAAAGUUAAUGUUCCAAUAUUGUCUCAGGAAGAAUGUGAUCAAGCUGGAUAUCAAAAGAAUCGUCUUACCGAUAAUAUGUUUUGCGCUGGAUAUCUCGAUGGGAAACGUGACGCGUGUUUCGGUGACAGUGGAGGUCCUCUUCACGUCAAAGGAUCUUAUGGCCAUUUGGAAAUAAUCGGUAUAAUAUCUUGGGGUCGUGGUUGCGCGAGACCAAAUUUUCCUGGAAUAUAUACAAAACUAAACAAUUACAUGGGUUGGCUGAAGGAUCAUCUUGGUAACGAAUGUGUAUGUCCACCUCCGCAUUCUCUUAGGAUAUAUUCCAAAGAAUAUUUUGUGCUACAAAAGAUGAACUUCCGUUUGUUGAAGUUCAAGAUCUUGAUCCUCCUUCUCGUUAUGCUAAAGGAAUUAUACGCUAAAAGUUUUGACCUUGAAUCUUCGACGUUGAACAAAACCCAAUCUAAUAAUCGUACUGGCAAAUUUCUGUUCGAUGAAUUAUUUGGCAUUGAUAUCACUGGUGGUGCCGAUGACGAUGAAAAGCUUCGAAAUUGUACAUGUGAAUGUGGUAUAACUAAUAAAGAAAAUCGUAUCGUUGGUGGACGACCAACGAUACCAAACAGAUACCCAUGGAUCGCUCGCUUGGUUUACGAUGGACGCUUUCAUUGUGGCGCUAGUCUAAUUAACAAUGAUUAUGUUAUUACAGCUGCUCACUGUGUACGAAAUUUAAAACGAUCGAAAAUUCGUGUAGUACUCGGUGAUUACGAUCAAUAUGUAAAUACCGAUGGUGUUGCUAUAAUGAGGGCAGUUAGUUCCGUGAUACGUCAUCGAAAUUUUGAUAUGAAUUCUUACAAUCAUGAUGUGGCUUUGCUAAAGCUUCGUAAGCCCGUCAAAUUUUCCAAAACUGUUAGACCUGUUUGUCUACCUCAAGCUGAAUCUGAUCCUGCUGGCAAAGAAGGAACUGUCAUUGGAUGGGGACGUACAUCAGAAGGAGGUAUGUUGCCAGGAAAGGUUCAUGAAGUGCAAGUACCUGUAUGGAGUUUGACACAGUGUCGGAAAAUGAAAUAUCGUGCAAAUAGGAUCACUAAUAACAUGAUAUGUGCUGGCAAAGGUACUCAGGAUUCUUGCCAAGGUGACAGCGGUGGACCUCUUCUUGUACACGAAGGUGACAGAUUGGAAAUAGCAGGUAUAGUUUCUUGGGGCGUUGGUUGUGGUAGACCCGGAUAUCCUGGAGUUUAUACUCGAGUUACUAGAUAUUUAAACUGGAUCAACACAAAUAUAAAGGAAAGCUGUCUGUGUGUUAAUUAAUAUAUUCUACCUCGAUUACAUUACGACAGAAUAUUUUGAAGCUUCCAUUUUGACGAGAUAGAGAUGAUAGUUAAGCAAGGAAAGUUUUAAAGAUGGUAGAAUGACACAAAUUUAUCUGUCGUAUGUAGAAAGACGAACGAUUUAAAAAGUUUCUCUGUGUGGACUUCACACGUACUUAUUACGUUAGAAUCGUACGGUACAGUGGUCAAACGUUCGUGGAAUAAUACUGUCGCAUAACGGUUUAUUGUCGAAUCGGAAUGCUUAUCGUUCGGUGUCGAUUACAAUAAGAAAAAGAAAUAACGUUGAUACAAAUUGUACGAUGACGUUAAAAAUUAUUAACGAUAGAAAGAUAUAAUUUAUUAAAUUAUUUAUAAAAUAUCAUGUUUGCAUAUUAAAUUUUCUACUCUUGAUGAAUAGAUACAUAUUAAAUCGAAUUUUGAGAAAAAAAUUGAUUUUUUUAUUAAACUUUGAUAGGAACUUGUUAAAACAUCCCUAUUUCGAAUAAAAUGACUUCGUACCGCAGGGUAACUUACAAACGACACAGGAUGACGUACAAAGUAUUUACGUAUGCAUGCGCUUAUAGUGAGAUCAAAAAGAAGUCGCGUAAACAACUUCCUCCAUUCCACGCGCAGAAAUCUGCAUAAUACGUCCUUUCGAGGCAGCUUUUUGGGUUGCCUCGAUGAAAUACGGUUCCCGAGAGAGAUCCAGCCCAUUCGUAAGCCUGUUUAUAAGCCAUUUCAGAGGGUGAACAGGCGAAAAAGUUUAUGGCG